CUGAGAUGGAGGACCUUGGUGUGAUUGACACAUACCCAGGCCUAUCGCGUUGGGAGCGUUGGGAACGAGGGGAGGUAUCAACGUUGAGGAACCGGACAGUGGAACACACGCUGCAACUCAGUUGUUUGAAUUAUGGCACCCACAGGAGAAGUGGUGUUUGGCACGCAGACUCGAGUCUGUGCAGAGAACCGUCUGCGCUGGGACCUGACCCCAGAGCAGAUUCAUGAGCUGUCUGACGAGCUCAUUGCUAAGACCAAGCAGGUGUAUGACACCGUUGGCACUCUGGACCUGGGUAAGGUGACCUACGAGAACACCCUGAAGGCGCUGGCAGAUGUUGAAGUGGACUACACGGUCCAGCGCAACAUGCUGGAUUUCCCCCAGCAUGUCUCCUCCUCCAAGGAGGUGCGCACCGCCAGCACGGAGGCCGAUAAGAAGCUGUCGGAGUUCGAUGUGGAGAUGAGCAUGAGGGAGGACGUGUACCAACGCAUCGUCGCCCUGGAGGGUAAACUGGAGGUGGGAGACACUCUCACUGCAGAGGGGAAGAGGUACAUGGAGAGGCUGACCAAGCUGGGGAAGAGGAACGGCCUCCACCUUCCCAAAGAGACCCAGGAUGAGAUCAAAACCAUCAAGAAGAAGCUGAGUAACCUGUGCAUCGACUUCAACAAGCACCUGAAUGAGGACACCACCAGCCUGGCCUUUACCCGUGACGAGCUCGGUGGUCUGCCGGAGGACUUCCUGACUUCACUGGAGAAGGAUUCGGAGGGCAAGCUAAAGAUCACACUGAAGUACCCACACUACUUCCCCACCAUCAAGAAGUGCCACGUGCCCGAGACCCGCAAGAGACUGGAGGAGGCCUUCAACUCCCGCUGCAAGGAGGAGAACUCUGGCAUCCUGAAGGAGCUGGUGCAGUUGCGUGCGCAGAAGAGUACUCUGCUGGGCUUCAGCACCCAUGCUGACUUUGUGCUGGAGAUGAACAUGGCCAAGUCUGCCAAGAAGGUCUCCACAUUCCUCGAGGAGCUGGCGCGUAAGCUGAAGCCUCUGGGCGAGGAGGAGCGCGCUGUGAUCCUGAAGCUGAAGGAACAGGAGUGUCAGAAGCGUGGUCUGCCCUUCAAGGGCGAGCUGCACGCCUGGGACACGCGCUACUACAUGACCCAGGUGGAGGAGACCCAGUACGCCGUGGACCAGAACACGCUCAAGGAGUACUUCCCCAUGGAGGUGGUGACCCACGGCCUGCUGGACAUCUACCAGGAGCUGCUGGACCUCACCUUCGAGAAGGUGGAGGGCGCCCCCGUGUGGCACGACGACGUCACACUCUACUGCGUCAAGGACCGCACCAGCGGACAAGUGGUCGGACAGUUCUACCUGGACCUCUUUCCCAGGGAGGGUAAGUACGGUCACGCGGCCUGUUUCGGCCUGCAGCCGGGGUGUUUGCUGCCGGACGGCUCACGUCAGAUGGCCGUGGCCGCUAUGGUGGCCAACUUCAGCAAGCCCACGGCCGACGCCCCCUCUCUCCUCCAGCACGAUGAGGUCGAGACCUACUUCCAUGAGUUUGGCCACGUGAUGCACCAGCUGUGUGCCCAGGCUGACUUCGCCAUGUUCAGCGGGACGCACGUGGAGCGGGACUUUGUGGAGGCACCGUCUCAGAUGCUGGAGAACUGGGUGUGGGAGAAAGAGCCGCUGCAGCGCAUGUCCAAGCACUACAAGACCGGGACCGCCAUCCCCGAGGAUCUGCUCGACAAACUCAUCAAGUCUCGCCUCGCUAACACUGGUCUGUUUAACCUGAGGCAGAUUGUCUUGGCAAAGGUGGACCAGUGCCUGCACACCAAGUUACGUGUGGACCCGGCCGAGGAGUACGCCAGGCUGUGCCAGGAGAUCCUGGGAGUGCCCGCCUCCGCUGGGACCAACAUGCCUGCUACCUUUGGCCACCUUGCUGGAGGGUACGAUGCUCAGUAUUACGGCUACCUGUGGAGUGAGGUGUUCUCCAUGGACAUGUUCUAUGCCCGCUUCAAGCAGGAGGGCAUCAUGAACCCAAAGGUGGGUCAGGACUACAGGAACUGCAUCCUGCAGCCGGGCGGUUCCGUGGACGCCACGGAGAUGCUGAAGAAGUUCCUGGGGCGGGAGCCCAAGCACGAGGCCUUCCUCCUGAGCAAAGGACUAACGGUGGAUGUGGAGGUGGGCACGCCCUGCGCCUGUUGACCGCGCUCGCCCCCCGCCCAGCUCCACACCUCAGCGGUCAGAAACAGACCAGCCCAUGGAGCCUGGCGAGCGCUCAGCCACCACAGACUUUUCACCUUGUUUUCUAAACGAAUCGGCAAGCGAGUCAAACUCUAGAACAGCUCUCUGUUUCGCACUAAUGUACGGUUACAACUGUUAAUCUUUCCCUUUUUUUCUCUUCCUAAGUUUUUUCAGGGAGUUUGGAGAGUUGUUUUAAAAAAUGUGCGGUUAUAUACAAUGCAGGUUAAAAGUAAAAAAAAUUAAAUAAU